AUGAUCCAGCCCGGCACGCGACAGCCUAACGCUUGGAAAGAGUUUGCGGGUGAGUGGGGGACACUAAAAACAGUGCCACCGCCGGACCGGGGCACCAGUAAAAACAGGCGGAAUGGCGUAGGGCUUAGUGUCCUAGGGCUGAUAUUCCAACACAUCAACCGCGAGGUUAGCGCCAUCAUGGUCUCCACCUCCUGUGAUUUUCUUGACUACAACUUUCGCAAGGAGAAAGUUGCUUCGUACGACCAGAGACACUGCGCUGUAACCCGAGCCGACCCUGCUACCUUUCGCAUGACCGGUCUGUUGUCAUGGGUUCCCUGGAGGAUGCAAGCCUGGCCGUGUAGCCAUGGUCAGCCACGCGAACCUUCUGUUCCAUUGCGCCGGGAGAGAUCGGCCGCUCCGGCCGUGUUGCUGCCUGUCGGGGGUGAAUACCCUGUGGCUGUUCGGAGAACCUCCCGAUAUGUGGUGUUACUGUGA